UAAAUUCUCAUCCACUUUACCAUUCCCAUCGGCACACCAAAGUCAAAUCAUCGUCUCGGUUUGAGAUUAUUAAAUAAUUUGUAAUAAUCACACACUAUAAAUUACAGCGCUAUAAAUAUGGGUCACAACCACAAGCUUAUCUUACUCGCCGUCGCGGCGUUGGCGGUUUCCGCCGUCUUUGCCGCCAACUCUACCUCUCCGGCCGCCGCACCCAAGGCCACCUCUCCGUCCUCCGCCACCGCUCCUUCUCCCACUCCCACCGGAAAAUCAUCCUUAUCCUCCAUGGCCGGUGGACUCACCAACACUAUUGCCGGAAAAAUCAACUCCGUCACCGCACCAACCCCUUCUCCGGCAUCCCCAGGUAACAAAAUCACGUCUUCUAGUCCGACCAGUUCUCCGUCCUCGGGAAGCGGCGGAGUCGCCACGUCACCGAAAUCAUCGUCCUCUUCCUCCUCCUCACCGGCUUCUAGUCCUGAAAGUUCCGGCGAUGAUUACUCGGAAGACCCGACGUCGUCCUCGUCAGAAGCUCCCAUGGCCUCGUCCCCGCCAGCUCCGACGCCGGAUAUGGGCCCCACGGCCGCCGACGGACCAACCGCAGAUGCGCCUGCCAGCUUGAGAUCGGUAGUAACCGCCACCGCCGUUGUUUUAGCCGCGGUCACGAGGUUCAUGUUCGUGUGA